AUCUGAACGUGAGCGUGUUAACUAGCGAAGGCUAUCACGGACAAGCUAACCUGUCAGUUCACUGUUAAACACAGCAGCUCCCGCCACACUCCCUCUGUAAAACAUAUAUACGUGAUUUCAAUCGCGCCAUUGUUUAUCUAAUGGAUAUUUUAAUCAACGUCGUGUCACCUCGCUGUUUUUGCUCUGAGUCGAAUGACGUUUAAAGCAGUUUUUCCGGUGUUAAUGUGCCUUCCGGUUUACCAGCUGUUCUCCUUGCUCGUGCACGCGUCUUGUUCAUAACCAUGUGUCCUUCCCUUUAUCAGCAGAUCGAUCACAACAAGUGUUACUCUAAUUGAAUAGUUAUUUGUGUAUUUGAACUCCAAAAGGUAGUUGUAAAUAUGUGUAAUAUUACUUUUACUCAGGUAUGAUUUGUAUUGUACAUGGCUCCUUUUAAAUCGUGUGCAUUGCUGAGUAAAUAAUGUGAUUAUUUAUAAUAAUAUGAAUACACAUAAUAAAUAAAUAAACAUUUCCUACAUGGUGCAAUAUAAAUAUAAAUGUGUGGGUGUUUUCUAACCGGUAACCAGUUGUUUUUUUAAGAUUAUAGCCGACAAAUGGUUGCUUUCUAUCAAAGCCAUGGUAACCAGUUCUUUUUAAAAGGAAUGGAUGUCAAAAGGCAGAAGAAAAGGAUUAGAAAGGAGGCAACUUAACUGCUAUAAGAUACACAAUACCUAAGAACAGUGAUUAAGAACUUCAUACUGUGGAGGGCAGCAUUGCAUCCGUCAGUGUACAGCCUGCUGGAAAGUAUUAUUGUUUUCAACCAACAAGGCUAGGUGAAUAAUAAACUACACAAGUGGGUGAAGAUUUUUCUGUAGAAUGAUGGCAGAGGUUGUGAGUUCAAGCCCCACCUGGAGUACUGCUGUUUUGGGAAGCCCACAGCCAAGAUGAAGGGAACUGGGCUUGUAACCGGAGUGUUACCAGUUCAAAUCCCAGGAUAGGUCAAGGGCUGGGGUGCCCCCUGAGUAAGGUACCCGACUCCCAUUGCUCCCUGGCUGCAGAUAAGGGCUGCCCACUGCUCCUGUGCUCGGUUUGUGCGUGUUCACUACUGUUGUGUAAAAACAGUGGGUUAAAUUCAUUAUCACUGGUGACACCAUGCCUUUAGACCGUAAAGCAGCUCAACAUCUAAGUGUUUGACCAAGAAUCCACCAUUACUUCUGCUGCCAUGGGAACGACAAUGAGUGAGCCGUGUAUCUACGACAAGCUGUCGGAGAGCAUCGACAUCCUCAGACAGUCGGGCUACCGUUAUGGCAUGUCGGAGAGGGAGAUCGAGAGGUUCAUCAAGCAGGUCCUGGAGACCAACGAGCCCAGGAGAGAGCCUCCGCAGUUCCCCAUCCUGACAGCCACCAUCAAGUUUAUGGUGGUAGUUGGUUUCCUGCUCGUGGUGAUACUGGCCUUCACUUACCCUCAGAGUGGGCAACAGAUUGGUCUGGUCCACCUGGGCUGUUAUAACUGGUCGUCUCCCCUCAGUCAUGUCCGCCUGCUCUCCCUGCCCAUCGCCAAGAAAUACAACCUUCAAGGUUUCCAUGAGUGGUGGAGUGCAGGCACUUUACGACAGAAUCUGGUCAACUGUUCAGGCUGUGCAGAGAUCUCCUCUGUGCUGGAGGUCCCAGAAAGCCUUAGAGGGACGGUGACUCUUCGACGGGGGCCACAACUUGUCCUGCUGAAGGGUGGGGAGUCCCUCAGCAUCCAGCGGCAGCAGCUGGAGGAGCUCUACUUAGCUCACUCAGGGUCCAUGUCCAUUCUGCUAGAGGAUGAUGACGAAAUUAUGCAGAACAACAACUUUGGCCUUCCUCAAGGACCCGCUAACUUCACCCUGCUCUGGAGGUUCAGCUCUGGAGCGAGGGAGAAGGUGUUGAGGUGGCUCUUCCCAAAAGCUGAGCUCUGCCCCCUACUGGACAGUGCUGGGACCAUCCUGCAGCGUUGCCUUGUCACCCACAGCACAGCUUCCCAGAGCAAGGGUGUCAGGGUAUUGGGCUGGCUGGUGGUUGGUGAGGGGCUGCCAACAGUUCGAGUUCUGCCUGUUCAACGCUGUCAAAAACACUGCAGCUCCUUCAACCUGUGGCUGACACCUGGAGACAUGGUGUAUGCUGACCCCCGUUACUGGCAGAUGGAGCUGUUCCCCGGCCGAGGCCAGAACAUCAUCUGUGAUGGAUCGGCCUUUUAAUGUCGGUGUGAAGUGACGAACGAGAGUUCAGGAGUGGGACGACGCAGAUCAGCUGUGAAUGUCUGACUCCCGCUGAGGCAUUUCGGAGUGCAUGAGCCUCCAGGUGGCCUCGUCCACUGAUGCCUUAUAACUUUGUUCCUCAGUGAACUUCUCGGAGAACUGGAGAACACUGCACUCAUAACUUUAACUUGUGGAAAAAUGGAUUUCCUACUGGAUGCAAGGGUGGCGGUCAGAGGUUUGACAAAUCACUUUAUGACCUUGUGUGUAACUGGAGAACACGAUCAGUCUGUAAACUCAGCGUUAAAAGCUCCGAUGUUCUGCCUGUCCUCGUGCCAUAGCUUCAACAGAACUUGACAACUAAAGAAAAACAAAAAACAAAAACGCCUGUAUAUCUGUUUCAGAAGGUAGUGAAUAACUGUUGAGAGUGUUGGUCCUUAGCCUGGUUCCAGACAUGUUUAAUAAUUGCCCACAUCUCUGGUUUGUUCUGUCAUAACUUUAAGUGCAAUUGAGUGCAUGGACAUCAUCUUUUUGUCUUGAAGAUGUUUAGCAGCUGUGCAGGUUUUUGUACUGAUCAAUAACUCUUGAUUCACACUGGAUGCGUUCCCUCGUGUUUUUCAUUUUCAGCGCCAUCUCAGACUAAUAGAGAUUGUCUGAACGUCAGGGUUCCUGCAGCUGUUUGAUCCUUUAAGUUCAUUUAUCAACUAAAAAUCAAGCCAAAGCUCACUUUUCUUUAUGUUGCCUCCAUGUUCACUCUGUCUUUUUGUAGUGCAUUAGUAUACUUUUGGUCAUUUUUUGGGUGUGGAAUCUAGGUUCUAUAAUACAUGCACAGUCUUUCACUGCUUUCUAAAGUUAAUAAAUACUUCACUUUCAGCAUUUAAUCUGGUAAAGGGGCCAGUUCACCCACAGGACAAAUAAGUACAUUUAAAAUUAGCUUUAAUUUCUAGGUUACAAACCUCAACUAAUUUUUUGCUUGGCUGCUUUCUCUAAAUUUAUGUCUUGGCCUAUUCUAGUUGGAAUUUAGGUGAAAAGUUGGAAUUUGUUAACUUACCCUUUAACAACCACUUACUGAGCUGACCUAUGUGGCAUCAGACACAUCCUUCAUGUCAUUUAAGUUUUUUUUAAUUUGACUUAAGAUUUAUGGACAAAGCUGCUCAGUAAUUUAUUGUUAUGAUUGUAUGUAAAUAUUUAUUAAAGCCAUUAAUUUGUGUGUUGUAAUAUACUUUUAAUUUCACUUAUCAGUACAACAUGCAGACAGAAGUCAGAUCAUCUAGAUCUUUUUUUUAGUUAAAGAAAUGCUUGGUGCAUGAGUUUCUGUUGUGCAGAGAAAGUGACUAUUAUGAAACCAGUUUGACAGUAAAUGUCUAUCACAUUUUAAUUUAUGUGUUUGAAAUGUGGCUCCUUUGUUUUGUUUUGAUCUAAAAAUUAUUUUAUUUCCAACAAAUCAAAAGGGCGAGUCUUCUGAAAUGUUUGAUUUGCCUGGAUUUAUCAUAGUUUUGAGAAAAUAAAAACUUUUCGCUCCCA